GGGGUCGAACACAUUUGUAAAGCUGCUUUAUAAGUCACCAUUUGAAUUAUGAAUAGUUCCACUUUGAAGAAUGUGGAAUUAAAAAAAACAAAGCGUCGAUGACUUUAUUUUGAAAGCCUCACAGAGGAAGCGCCUCAAGCUGAGAUACACCGGAAGUCCACGUCAGUUCGUCGAGAGGUUCUAGAGUCUGAGCCGGAUUCGGACUCUGGUCAUAACACGGUUCCCUCACACGCACUUUCAAUGGCGGACGAGUGCACGCGCAAGACAGUGUCUCAGAUCCCGCUGCUGAAGACACACGCGGGCCCGCGAGAUCGCACGCUGUGGCCGCAGCGCCUCAAGGAGGAGUACCAGGCUCUGAUCCACUUCGUGGAGCAAAACAAGGCGGCAGACAACGACUGGUUCCGCCUCGAGUCCAACGCGGACGGCACGCGAUGGACUGGUACGUGCUGGUUCAUCCACGAGCUGCUACGCUAUGAGUUCCGCUUGGAGUUCGACAUUCCGGUGACGUAUCCGGACACUGCGCCGGAAGUGGCGGUGCCUGAACUGGACGGAAAGACGGCCAAGAUGUACCGCGGCGGAAAGAUCUGCUUGACCGAACACUUCGCGCCGCUGUGGGCCCGCAACGCCCCGCGUUUCGGCCUUGCUCACCUGAUGGCCCUCGGACUCGGACCGUGGCUGGCCGUGGAGGUCCCUGACUUGAUCAGCAAGGGCCACGUGAUCCACAAGGAGCAACAACGCAAGGUGGAAUGAUGUCACCGAUGGCACGUGAACCCUUUCACAGGAGUGGACAUUUGAUAUUUUUUUGGAGACAUGAAUAAAAGUGCUGAUAUCAAACACAUUUGAAUCUUAGCAGAAUAUGUACAAAUAUCAAAAGUGGAAGUGAUGUUGAAUAAAAUGAAAGAAUGUGGUCCAUGAAA